GGAGUCGCCUGCACAUAUCAAAACAUUGUAGGAGUCGAGUCCUACAGGCUGCAGUGCAGUUAGACCCCAUUUAAACACAUUCCUGUGACCUGCCUUAGACGCACGCUCCAGUUCAGUGUCAACAUAAGUCCCAGACCAUGUUGUAUAUUCUACUGAUAUCAUAGAAAGAUUUGAGUGGCAGAGUAGCCAUUACUACUAAACAACCAUAGCAGGCAGAUAUCCAGAGUUAGUCAAAUUAAUAUAUUUGUUUUAGGAGAGGUGAACUCUCUGCACUUUCACUGGUGUGUGUGUUUCUUUCUGCUUGAAUCCCUCGGCUAAACCAUAAUCCUUACGGUUUGUUCUGAAAUUGCAUUAUUUUUUGCUUGUCCUCAACAUUACAUUGUCCCUCUUGUUGUUUUGUCCUCCACCGCGCUGACCGUGGUGUCGCCUCUGGCCGGCAGGGAGCGCUGCUUCGCUGACAGCCUGGCCCCAGUAUAUAUUAAAAAAAAGUUUGUUCUGCGUUGUUUUUACGCAGGCGCAAAGCAUGCCGUUUGUCCAGUUUCUCUGGUUGACUUACCUGUGAGGUGGAGCAGCUUCGGUUCUUCGUGAGAGGAUUAAAUAAUACCGGCCACGGGUUUGGGUAAACGCGUCCCGGGAGACUGUAACCUCAUUCCUAGCUAUGUGAGACUAUAGGGACGCCCGCUGCGGAGCUGCUCGAGAUUUCUCCAGGAUUUCAGAAUCUGUGCAACAGCAGGUGCGCGAGCGGGGACAAACGGCGAGAGGAGACGACGAGGGGGGGGGAUGUGCUUCCGUGAGUGAGUACACUAUUGAAACAGAAUAAAUUAUUGGGAAAUUCAACUGGUUGCUUUUCUUAAUGCCAAAUUGUCGGGUCCUGCUUAAUUAUGCGGCUGGUGAUCCCCACGGCUGCCGAAUUUCAGGAUUCAGCGGCAGCCUGAAGCCUCCGUGCCUGCGGUGAGGGACUCUUCGCCCCGGGGUGGUGGCAGUGGGACAAACGCCACACAUUGUUUCCGUGUAGUAAGCCUCCCCGUGGACACCGAACACGGUGCUCGCGCUGUGGGUAAAAUUAACAAUUGGAAAGAUGAUGGGCUUCCUACGCCGGACGUUCAGCCACCGCUCGCGCAGACGGUUUCAGACAGCGGACGAGUGGGACGGGAAAGGAAGAGGGGGAACCGCGAACCCCGCGCUCCUCGCGCACCAGCAGCAGGUCGUCCACGCGCCCGCGGUGGUGACCGGGGGAGCGGCCGUGCACAUCCCAGCGGCUGGGACCGAGAAGGAUGCAAUCACCUGCCGCGUGCUGCUGCUGGAUGGGUCGGACGUUAACGUGGAUAUACCAAAAAGGUCAAAGGGCCAGGAGCUGUUUGACCAGAUCAGGUAUCAUCUGGACCUGGUGGAGGCUGACUACUUUGGACUGCAGUUCAUGGACCCAGAACAAGUCUCACACUGGCUGGAUGUGUCCAAGCCCAUAAAGAAACAGAUCAGAGAUGGUCCUCCAUACAGACUGUUUUUCAGGGUGAAGUUCUACUCCUCAGAGCCCAAUAACCUACAUGAGGAGUUCACCAGGUACCUGUUUGUGCUGCAGCUUCGACAAGACAUUCUGUCCGGCAAGUUGAAGUGUCCAUAUGAUGUCUCAGUAGACCUGGGGGCCUACUGCUUACAGAGUGAGCUGGGGGACUGUGACCCUCUAGAGCAUUCUCCUGAGCUGGUGUCAGAGUUUCGCUUCACACCCAAACAGAGUGAGACCAUGGAGGCAGACAUCUUUAACAAGUGGGUGGACCUAAGGGGUACGGAUCCAUCCCAGACAGAGACCAGCUUCCUCAACAAGUGUAAAUGGCUGGAGCUGUACGGAGUGGACAUGCACUUUGUCAAGGGAAGGGACGGAGCUGAGUACGCCCUGGGUCUGACUCCCACUGGCAUCCUGGUGUUUGAGGGCUCCACCAAGAUAGGCCUCUUCUUCUGGCCCAAGAUCACCCGCCUGGAUUUCAAAAAGAGUCGACUCACCCUAGUGGUGACGGAGGACGAUGAUCAGGGGCGGGAGCAGGAGCACACCUUUGUGUUCCAGUUGGACAGUUCGAAGACGUGUAAACACUUGUGGAAAUGUGCUGUGGAGAGCCACGCCUUCUUCCGGCUGCGCCAGCCCACAGCUGGGAAGGCCUCCAGCAGUGACUUCACACGCCUUGGAUCACGUUUCAGGUUCAGUGGAAAGACUGAGUACCAGGCGACCCACGGAGGGAGGCUGAGGAGGGCCAGUACGUUUGAGAGGCGACCCAGCAAGAGAUACCCGUCUCGCACUCACUCACUGGGUGGCAAGGCCCUCUCUCCAGCCAAACCACCACAUAUCAGCGCCCACACCAGCCCCGAACCUAGUCUACACCCAUACCAGCGUAACAUCCCUAUAGCCCAUGAGCCUUGGCACCCAGCCCUCACACCCCCCAUCUACCUACAACACUCAGGACACACAUCCCCGCACAGUUUCCCUCGGCGUGGUCCUGUCCUGGGAGGGGAGCAGCAGUUCAGUGUUGAGGAGAACGAGACGCCGUACUCUGGAAGCAUACACCAUCUCCACUGCAGACACACACACUACGACAACAGCCAGGAGACUUACUGUCACACACACAGCAAGAACAAACACAGAGCCCCUCCCUGUCCUGUAGAUGAGUUGGAGCUCUGUCUGCUCAACCCCCUGGAGACAGACAGCAACACCUCUCCCUGGCCUACACUACAUGUCAACAUGGACAACAAGGCAGAGGAGAAGCAGUUGUCUGAGAAGUCUCUCCAGCCCUCCUCUCCCCGCAGCUCUCCAGACCAUCUCAAGUGUAACAUCUACAAAGCACAGAUGGAGGCUGUCUAUAGAGAUGCUCCGCUGACGCCCAGAGGGAAGACCUGUAGUCUGGAGAUCAAUGACAGGUAUCAGAGCUCCAGUCAGGACUCUCGAGACUCUGCCACUUCCAGUCUGACCACAGAGAAAACCUCCCUCCGCCCCGACCACAACUCAACCACAGACAGACCCGCCAAGUCUAACCCUAACACCAACCGCAGGAAAAGACUGGUCAGGCAGUUCAGCUUUAACCAUGAGGACGAGGAUAAUCUCCCAGAGGCACUUGCAGCGAUCUCUUCCCGGAGCACUGGGAAGUGUGGCUCUAACAACUCACUGGACAACCAGACACAACCCUCCAUAUACCCUCAGGAAACAAACACACAGAUGGACAUGCCGAUACUGGAGCUGAGGAGUCCAUGCUGUGAGCGUUCUCACUCUCCCUACCUCUCCCCUUCCUUCUACCACACCUCCAUCCCUCCCCUGGUACCCUGCCUCUCCUCUCACACCAACAGCGAGGAGGAGAUGAGGUUGGGCAGAGAGAAGAUUCUCAGGGCUCUCCUGAUGACGGAGCUCUGAGUCCGUGACCCCUGUGACAUCAUGAAUGCCUCAUGGACCUGGUGUGAGACGACCUUCAGGAGUCCCACGUCCACUGGCUGCACUCAGCAGUCAGCAUUUACUGUACAUAAUGCAGUCAACCUUUGUAGAUUUGCAUACAAAAGAAUUUGCUUAACUGUUAUUUUAAAAGGAACAUGUUUUAUGUCUACCCACACUACACACCCUGUAAUAACAUGCUCCCCCACUACACACCCUGUAAUAACAUGCUCCCACACUACACACCCUGUAAUAACAUGCUCCCACACUACACACCCUGUAAUAACAUGCUCCCC